AUGAUACAUAUGCUAAAUGCAGCAGCUGAUCGAGUGAAAUGGACCAGAUCGAGGACUGCUAAAAGGGCUGCCUGCGUGGUGGCUGCAGCCUAUGCUCUGAAAACCCUCUGUCCCAUCAUUGGCAAGCGUUUAAAGCAAUCUGGCCACUGGAAGAAAAAAGAAGCUUACCCGGCUGCAGAGAACAGAGAAAUACUGCAUUGCACCGAGGCCACUUGUAAAAAACCUUCGCCUGGAGUGAAUGCAGAUUUUUUCAAACAGCUACUAGAACUUCGGAAAAUUCUCUUCCCAAAACUUGUGACCACUGAGACAGGAUGGCUCUGCCUCCACUCAGUAGCUCUAAUCUCAAGAACCUUUCUGUCUAUCUAUGUAGCUGGUUUGGAUGGAAAAAUCGUGAAAAGCAUUGUGGAAAAGAAGCCUCGGACUUUCAUCAUCAAAUUAAUCAAGUGGCUUAUGAUAGCCAUUCCUGCCACCUUUGUCAACAGUGCAAUAAGGUACCUAGAGGGCAAAUUGGCCUUGGCCUUCAGAACUCGCCUAGUCGACCAUGCCUAUGAAACCUAUUUUACAAAUCAGACUUAUUAUAAGGUGAUCAAUAUGGAUGGGAGGCUGGCAAACCCUGACCAGUCUCUUACUGAGGAUAUUAUGAUGUUCUCUCAGUCUGUGGCUCACUUGUAUUCCAAUCUGACCAAACCUAUUUUAGAUGUAAUCCUGACUUCCUAUACACUCAUCAAGACUGCUACAUCCAGAGGAGCAAGCCCAAUUGGGCCCACCCUUUUAGCAGGCCUUGUGGUAUAUGCCACUGCUAAAGUGUUAAAAGCCUGCUCUCCCAAAUUUGGUAAAUUGGUGGCUGAAGAAGCUCAUAGGAAAGGCUAUUUGCGGUAUGUGCACUCCAGAAUUAUAGCCAAUGUUGAAGAAAUUGCCUUCUACAGAGGACAUAAGGUAGAAAUGAAGCAACUCCAGAAAAGUUACAAAGCUUUAGCAAAUCAGAUGAACCUCAUUUUAUCCAAACGUUUGUGGUACAUCAUGAUAGAGCAGUUCUUGAUGAAGUAUGUUUGGAGCAGCAGUGGACUAAUUAUGGUGGCUCUACCUAUUAUCACUGCAACUGGCUUUGCAGAUGGUGAUUUAGAGGAUGAUCGAAAGCAAGCUAUGGUUAGUGAGCGGACAGAAGCGUUUACCACUGCUCGAAAUUUAUUGGCCUCUGGAGCUGAUGCUAUUGAAAGGAUUAUGUCUUCAUACAAAGAGAUAACUGAAUUAGCAGGCUAUACUGCUCGAGUAUACAACAUGUUUUGGGUCUUUGAUGAAGUAAAAAGAGGCAUUUAUAAGAGAACUGCUGUCUUGCAAGAGUCUGAAAACCAUAGCAAGAGUGGAGCUAACGUAGAAUUACCCCUCAGUGAGACACUGGAAAUCAAAGGAAAAGUUAUUGAUGUGGAUCAUGGAAUUAUUUGUGAAAAUGUUCCCAUAAUUACACCAACGGGAGAAGUGGUGGCUUCCAAGCUAAACUUCAAAGUAGAAGAAGGAAUGCAUCUUUUGAUAACUGGUCCCAAUGGUUGUGGGAAAAGUUCUCUCUUCAGAAUUUUAAGUGGGCUCUGGCCUGUGUAUGAAGGAAUCCUAUAUAAACCACCUCCACAACAUAUGUUCUAUAUUCCACAAAGGCCGUACAUGUCUCUUGGAAGUCUUCGGGAUCAAGUCAUUUAUCCAGAUUCAGUGGAUGACAUGCAUGAUAAAGGCUAUACAGACCACGAUCUAGACUGUAUCCUACAUAAUGUUCACCUCUACCAUAUAGUUCAAAGAGAAGGAGGAUGGGAUGCUGUUAUGGACUGGAAAGAUGUCCUGUCAGGAGGGGAAAAGCAAAGAAUGGGCAUGGCUCGCAUGUUUUAUCAUAGACCAAAAUAUGCAUUGCUGGAUGAAUGCACCAGCGCUGUCAGCAUUGAUGUUGAAGGAAAGAUAUUUCAGGCUGCGAAAGGGACUGGAAUUUCCUUACUUUCUAUAACACACAGGCCUUCUCUUUGGAAAUACCACACUCAUUUAUUACAGUUUGAUGGUGAAGGAGGUUGGCGCUUUGAACAAUUGGACACUGCUAUUCGUUUAACACUAAGUGAAGAAAAACAAAAGCUAGAAUCUCAGCUAGCUGGAAUUCCCAAAAUGCAGCAGAGACUCAAUGAACUAUGUAAAAUUUUGGGAGAAGACUCGGUGCUGAAAACAAUAAAAAAUGAAGAUGAGACAUCCUAA